AUGGCGGAUUUCUUCGGAUCCAAGGGCGCGCUUGGCUGCCGCGUCUCCAUGCUGCUCGUCGCCCUUCUGCUGGGCACCACCGUCUUCUCGGCAGGAGCAGGCGUCGGCGCCCCUGGGGAAGGCUCGGUCGUAAGCGAAAUGCUGACCCAUGCCAAAAAGGGGGCGGGAGAGAACCUCGGCGGUGUUCCUGUCGAACUGCUGUGGAAAGAUAUCUACCCCGUCGUUGUCCAGCAAGGCGUCGGUGGAUUCUUCAGGAUGCUCCUGCGUGAGAUCCAGAACCGUACGACCAUGAAGGCUCCGAUUGGCGUCGCUGACGUCAUCAUGCAGGAGUUGGAGCGUGCCCUCUUCGGCAAUUCUGGCGCCAACCAGGCAUCGUGGAAGAAAAUCAAAGCCAAGUACGAGGCUCUCCUCCGCGAGUGGUGGGUUACCACCCCCGAGGAGCCGUUCUCCGCUCUCCAGAGUGGUGUGUGGAAGACCCUCUUGCAGCUGUACGCUGAGGAGCUCAAGGAGGCUUUCCGCGGCAGCCCCAGAGGCAAGUUGCUCACCGACCUCCUUUUCGAUGAGAACUUGAAGCUGAUCAGCCGCUGGACUGAUGCCGAGCACAUCAGAAUCAUGCGUCUCUCCAGAAGCGCCGCCCGCAGGUCUGCUCUCCGCAAGCUCUUCCGUGCUGAGGAGAGGCAACAGGUGCAGAAUUAA